AUGAAACUCUUUACAGCUGAGGAAGCUCUACAGAUGCUCCUGGACAGCGAGGAAGAGUUCACCGUUUCCUCAGAUGAAGAGCAGGACUCCGACGAAGAACAUUUGUAUUUUGAAGAGCGACUUGAUCCAGCUGAGGAUAUAAUUUCUGAAGAGAAUGUGGCUGCAUCACUCUUGUCUUCACCUGCACCGGCUGCAACACUUUCACCUCCAUUUGAUGCUCGCACGGGGGCACGCAGCAACGAGAACAAUAAAGAGAAUGUGGCUUCAACUUCGUCUGACACUCGCACGAGGGCACGCAGCAACGCGACCGACAUUCAUCCUGUGAAUGUGUCUGCAUCACCUUUACCUGCUACUAACACACGCCGUAGGUCUCUUUCAGUUCUCAAAGCAACUGAGACUAAUGUAUUUAACACUGACAGUGAUAAUGCACCUGUUGCAAAGAGACUCAAGACCAACAUCCAGGCAAGCAGCAGGCAGUCCGUUCUGUCAUGGAAAACAGAGACUGAUAUUGAUGUGGUUCCACACACUUUGAGUUUCUUUCCUGCACGGGAACCUGGACCACAGCUGAGUCCUGCAGAUGCACACACACCCCUGAGUCUCUUCAAAAUGUUUUUCCAUGAGAAUGCAGUAUCAACUCUAAGUCAUAACACCAACGCUCAGGCUGGCCAGGGCAACAGCAAAGGGUUGCAAGUACAAAUGGAAAGAUGUCAGCACCACUGAGAUGUACCGCUACAUCGGACUAAUAUUUUAUAUGGCCAUGGUAAAGUUGAUCUCCAUCAGGGACUACUGGAGACAGGACAAUGUUUUCUCUGUGCCUUUUCCUGCCAAAGUAAUGUCAAGAGAUAGAUACCGCACUAUUUCAUGGAAUCAGCACAUGAGUAACCCAUUUUUCCAUGUCCAUG